AUGAUUAGAACAUUUGUAAGAAACAUAUCCUACAAACCCCAACCACAAUUGUUCAUUCACGAACUCCCCUCCUUGAAUAAAGCCAAACUUUCCUUCCAUGAAAACCCGAAUAAGCUGGAAGUUGGCAUAAUCAAUAACGUUCAGGGCAAAUCCCUUGAGAACUUGAAGAUCUUACCCAAAGACUUCGAAGAAAACAAGGAGUUUCUCUCCAAGUUACAAGAGAUCAUUAAAAAUAAUAUUCAAAAUGAUUUUGCUUUCAUAGUUGAAGCUGGUGCCUAUCCUUCGUCCCACUUACCAAUUUACGAUUUCAGGCUCCCUCCUUCCCAUGGAAGGAUACCAGAAGUGGAGAAUGUUUUCGGAUACGUCAAAGUUUCAGACGAUGGUGUUAUAGAACCGGGAUCAUAUCAAUCAAAUAAUAUGUACAGAUUAUUGUCAGGAACUGAUGGUCCCAUUAAUCUUAGUGAUUACCUACUAGAACAAAUACAGAAUAGCUGA